GGUUAACAAUGAGAAGUUUAAAUUUCUGUAUUUUAUGACACGUGAAGCGGACGGAUAACGGCUUGUAUAUAUAUAUAUUAACUUUCGAAACUGACAUUAACAAUAAUUAUAGUGUUUCGUUAAAGUCGAAAUAUUUACAGCAUCAUAAGGGAAAAAUAAUGACAUCACUCGGGAACCCACCGAAUGCCAAUACAUGAGGACAGCGACACAGUAGGGAAAUGUGGAACGAAAAAAGUAUUAUUAUACUGUAAAAGACAAACACACACCGACUGAAACAUUCACCUACAUGUUACUGAAUAAACUCAAGUACUCACAUACCUGGCGUCGUUACCGAGAUUGUCUUAAUAUAAUAUUUGAAUUGUAUUUAGCAAAAUUAUAAUAAACAUUUUAAACACCGGCUAUAACAUAUCGGCAUUCACUGACUGCUGGCAUUUCGUAUGCUAACAGUUCUAUGAGUAGAUAUUGAAAACAACAAAAGACCAUUAAAAAAUGUCGACAGAUAUACAUCUACACGACACCGAAGCCAAUCCAAUUCAGGUAAUAGCGCCAGUCUCCGAGCGACUGUCAGAGCUACGUUCUAACUCGAAUGUAAAUUGUCAUUCGCUCCAUCAGUGUCGCUUCCGAUACGAUGUAUGUCGGUACGUUUGUGUGGUUCCUGUCCACUCUCCUCGUGUCUAAGGCUGACGGCGACUGUCCAGCUCGUCAGGCAGACCCUCACCACGAGAUACGCCUCCACAUGAACCUGUCCUGCGCCUCCGACAACAGUUACCGGCCGGUCAAGGAUCUAGAGUCCGCCGUCGACGUCAGGCUCAGAUUCGACCUCAAGUAUAUGACCUUCGACGACGACAAGGAGACGGUCACCGUGGUCAGUUGGGUCGUAUUCAAUUGGAAGAAUGAGUUCUUGACGUGGAACGCGAGCGACUACGGCGGCGCCCAGGAGGUCCAGAUGGAGAGUUACUCCAUGUGGUCACCGAUCUUCACCUUACUGAACGCGGACGUGAGCGUGUACACCCCGGGCAGGGUCUACACUACUUGUUUGAUCGCCAGCGACGGAGCAGUGACUUGUGUGCCGCAGUUGACACAUACGGGGCUCUGCAGCACGGCGCUGAGGAACUGGCCUCACGACCGAAGGAACUGCACACUGUACUACACGUCGUGGAUGCAGACGGAGGACAAGGUCAACCUGUCGUUCCACGAAAAGGAUCCCGUAGUGUUCCAGGACUUCCAAAGCGCGCCCGGCUGGAGACUCCUGGACAUAACACACGCUCGCCUCCCGGGCCAGCGGACCUGUUGCCCUUACAAUGAUCCCGUGUUGACGAUCUCCUUCAUCUUAAAGAGGGAAGCUGCGGGUCUCGCGGCCACGGUGCUCAUUCCCUCUGUGAUCGUAGUGCUACUGACUUGUUCCUCUCUUCUGCUAACAGCCAGCCUUAAAACCCGACUCUCCUUGCUAUGUUUCGGUCUGUUCGGACACUUCGUUCUCCUCUCUCAAGUCUGUUUCCUUCUGCCCACAUUCAGCUCCGAGACUCCUAGCAUAUUAUUGUUCAUCCGGCACUCCAUCUUUAUAACCUUGCUCUGUGUUUGGGAGACUUUAGGGAUCAUGUCUCUCAUUGGCAAAGUGUCUCCGGCUCCCGGUUGGGUCGUGUCCGCGAACAGCUCGCUGAUGAAUGGACCGGCCAGGUAUUUAGUGAUCAGUGAGUUCGGUGCGUGUGCGAGCGGAGAGGACAGCGUCCCUGAUGACGGACGAGCCAACAGAGAGUGGACGAAGCUCGCCAACAUUGUGAACAGUUGUGUGUUCACUGGGUGUGUUUUACUUUACUCGUUAUUAAUAUUCAUUAACUUUCCCAUCGACAGUUAAAGAUCAUUUCACGGUAUGUUUAUUUUAAACUUGGUCGUCAUCGUUUCAAUGUCCCCUCCUGUAGUAUCGUACCUACGAGUUUCCUUGUAUUUCACUCCCACGCGUACUUAAGAUGCUUCCUCCUUAAACACCGACUAAACGUCCAAUUCAUGCUUAACUCGUUGAUCGCGUAGUCACUAUUCAAAGGCGCCGUUCAAAGAUGUCUUUAAUAUUCACCAUUACACGUUGUUUGUAUAUUUUUAAAAAAUAUAUUUUAUAAACAAGAGUUAAGAGUUAAUACAAGUGUUAUAGUAUAAAAAAAUUGUUUUAAUCUUUUAAUUUUUUAAAUCUAUUUAUUAUAAUAUCUAGUUUAAAAUGGGAUACAUUUGUUAUUCAUAUUGAAAUAUAAUAUUUUAAAAUAUUUAAAA